AUGGCCCGAAGGAGAGGUGCUGGGUCCCCGCCAGGGACAUCCUGGACCCAGGCAUCAUCGCUGAGUUCCACCGCCGGCACCCUGGUCAACCAGGUAUGCACCCAGACGUACCUGAAGAAGUUCUUUAACCUGACGGAGGAGACGGGUCCAAUGUUCAGACGGGGGCCCAGCCAGCGGAGCAGGAAAGUCAGCGAGAUGCAGAGGUUCUUUGGCCUCAAGGUGACAGGAACCUUGGACGCUGAGACCGUAAAGAUGAUGAAGAAGCCACGCUGCGGGUUACCUGACGUCCAACUCGGCCGAUUCACCACCUUCGAUAACCUUAAGUGGCCGACAAACCAGCUUACCUACAGAAUUGAGAACUACACUCCUGACAUGUCUGUGGCUGAGGUGGACAACUCCAUAGAGAGAGCACUACAGGUGUGGGCCAAGGUCUCCCCCCUAAGGUUCACCCGUAUCUACCGCGGCACCGCUGACAUCAUGAUCUCCUUCGGCAACAGAAAUCAUGGUGAUUUCUACCCCUUCGAUGGCCCUGAUGGCACCCUGGCCCAUGCCUUCUCCCCCGGCGCUGACAUUGGAGGAGAUGCUCAUUUUGAUGAUGACGAGUACUUCACCUUCAGCUCAACCAGAGGGUACAACCUGUUCUUGGUGGCUGCCCAUGAGUUUGGCCAUUCCCUGGGUCUCAGCCACUCCAACGACCCUGGAGCGCUGAUGUUCCCAGUGUACAGCUACACAGAGCCCAGCACCUUCUCUCUGCCUCGUGAUGAUGUCACCGGUAUCCAGUACAUAUACGGCCCAAACCCAGAUGUUAACCCCAACCCAGAUAAGCCCGACCCUACACCUGCUUCCACCCCUGAUGCCUGUGACCCCACCCUGGUCCUGGAUGCUGUCACCACUCUGCGUGGGGAGAAGAUGUUCUUCAAGGGCAGGUUCUUCUGGCGUAUUUACCCUCAGAGCAGCAAACCACAUCAGAACCUCAUCAAGAAUUUCUGGCCUGAACUCCCCGACAACAUCAAUGCUGCUUAUGAGAGCCAGCUAUCUGACAGAGUGUUCCUCUUUAAAGAUCGUCAGGUCUGGGCUCUCUAUGGCUAUAACAUCGCCCCCGGCUAUCCCAGAAACCUGAAGAGCUUGGGUCUGCCCAGGACCGUGAAGAAAGUUGACGCCGCCCUGUACGAUGAACAUUCUCGCAAGACCUUGUUCUUUGUUGGCGACAACUACUACAGUUACGAUGAGGAAAUGAAAAGCAUGGACAGAGGUUUCCCCAAGCGUGUGGAUGAACAGUUCCCAGGCAUGACAAGCAAAGUGACUGCAGCCUUCCAAGUCCGAGGCUUCACCUACCUCUAUAGUGGCCCCUACGUGUUUGAAUACAGCAUGAGGACCAGAAGACAGUUCCGCGUGCUAGGAAACAACUACUUCCUGCCUUGUUAG